UUUUUAGUUGCAAUACCAGCGACAUGUGGCGCUGCAGUCGGAACAAAAUGUCAUGAUUGUUGGAGCAGUCGGGCAGAGCGCUUCAGUCGCUUCGUAAAUGGCACCGUCGUGAAACGUGCGAGAGUUCCGCGCUGUGAAACUCAAGUUUAUUUGCUGUGAAAAAGAAACAAUUUGCAAAGUAGAAUGAUGGAAAAAUGUGAUGUGUAGUGUAUGUGAUUGACUAGAAAAGCCAAAGUGCAUAAAUAUUGCGGUGUUUAGUGUUGGGAGAAGAGAGAAAGAAAAAAAAGGUGCCAAAGGGAGGCGCAACAUGAAAUCGUAGGAGUCGGAAUGACAUUGUGAGAACUUUGUGGGCAAAUUUGUUCUAUAUCCCUGCCCCUAUCCUCGUCAUUUUCUCCAAUAUUUCUUUGGGCCACGCACCUUUGUGGAUUAACAGUAAUUACCCCGGGGAGCCGUGCAGUAUGAGCAGCUGGGCAGCACGGAUGCAUCGACAUGCUGCCAAUUUGGGCAGUGUGGUAACCAGCUGUGGCCAUCCAGAACCUGGACCCUAUCCCCAUCGCCUGGAAAAGGUCAAAUUUGGCAUUCCGUUGGAUGAAGUGUGCAAAAAUGACAUCCCCGGACCACUCCUUGUGCUCAUACUCAAGCUCAACAAGGAGGCUCCGCUGCGGAAGGAUGUGUUCAGGGCACCUGGUCACCAGGGGGCCAUCAAGAAGCUCAUUCACUUCCUGCAGGCAGGACGUCUUGUCAAUGUCGAUAACUAUUCCGUGUACACCAUUGCCAGUGUCCUCAAGAAGUUCCUGCGCAAAAUUCCGGGCGGUGUCUUUGGACGGCAGGGCGAGGCAGAGCUCUUUGCCAUCAUUGACUUGCCCAAUGAGGAAGAGCAGCAGGAGAGAAUUCACAGACUUUUAAUGUCACUGCCAGUCUACACACAGCGACUUCUUGUUCUGCUGUUUGGAACAUUCCGGGUGAUUGCGAGUAAUGCCGAGAGGGCGGAUACGGGGAUGACCAGUGAGGCUCUUGGUGUGUCAGUGGCACCCAGUUUCUUUCAUUCGUGCGUGAGUGAUGGCAAAACGGCACGAAUGGAGGAUGUUCUUCGUUUUAAGGUUGCUACUAGAAUCAUGAAACAAAUGAUUGAACAAUUCACAACAUUCAACUUAUUUGGACGUGAAAAUUAUGAAUAUUAUGCAAGAGUGACGGGACGAGUGUUACGUGUUCAGGAUGAGUGGAUUAUUAGUUUUCGAUAUCCACCUCUACCGAGGGGCAAAUUCGCUCAACAAAACUAUGCACUUCAAUUGUCACUCGAGACGGAAAAGACAUGGUUACAGUGCGAAUGUGAACGCUGGGGAAUGAUUCAAGAGGAAUCUCAUUCGACGCCGGCACUUUUGACAGCUGGAGGUCCAAAUGUUGGCAAUAGUGCAAUGUCACUGGGAAUAAUUCCUGAACAUUCACUUCUUGAAUCAUGUGCACGAUUGUCCGUGAGUCUCGAGGGUCCGGGCAUUUUUGCUGGCACCACAAAUCAAUCGAGCUGUUCAUCGUCACUAUCUGGACAUUCGUCAAAAUCAGGCUCACACCAUCAUAUGACAAUGGAGGAGCUGAGGGCGGUCAAUCGCUAUGCUGAAAGUACAAAGAGUCUCUCAUACUUGCCACAGGUCCAUGAACGACAGACGGCGCGCAUGAGGACACGCUCCGAAUGGUUUUUGGGGGCUCGUGGUGGUUCAUUGGAACUUCAUCCGGACCAUAUGCGACAGUCCACGAGUCCAGGAUGCAAUCAAUCAUCGACACUGCCAUCAACAGCAACAAUCGUUGGCAACAUCGGCUUGAGCGCUUCGGCUGAGUCGGUGCAUCAAUUGAAGCGUGCCAAUAGUCGUCGUUCCGGUGGAUCUCGCCACCAUCCGCAUCGAUCAUCAUCGAGACGCAACAAAGAGAAUGGCUCCAGAUCGGGCAGUUUUCGCAAUAAUCCAGGCAGUGGCCUGCAAUCCAGUAAUAGUCAUCACAACAGUACGGCCGGUAGCCAGGAGAAUGCCACUACUUCGGGAUCAGCGGGACGCCUGAAGAAGCCCAAAGGAGUGACGUUCGAUGCUACAAUAACACCAGCAAAAUGGUGCGAUUUUCCAGCAAUUGAUGUACCGCCUCAAGAUGCCACAGACACGGAUGUGUCCAUGAUCACAGAUUCCAAUGAGGACUGCCACGUGGUCAUGAUGGACACAACUCCGCCACAGGACACCAUUCUGCAUCACUACAAGCCACCACGUGUAUGAUUCCCCGCCACGAAGCACUAAAUCCAGAGGCACAAGAAAGCACCAAAGAAUUUGAUACAUUCGUCACACGUUUCUCUUUAACAACUUAUGCGCAUUCUACCGUAUAUUAUUUUCUUCUUUCAUCAUUUUUUUUCUUUUGUUUCCUGUACCAUUUAAUUCUAGGUGUGAUUGACGAUCCAGAGACGCUCAAUAUGGUAAAAAAAAAUCUCAAAUUUACUAAAUGAUGUAUACUUGAUGUUCAAAUUUGUAAGAUUAACCCCUCAAUUUUGGGAUGACAAAACUCAGGCAGGGAAUUGUUGCAAAGUUCUUUUUUCCUUUAGGAAUUGGAGACACGAGAAGCUAAGAUACCAGGAAUCUUUCUUUAACCCUUUAAGGACGAGAAAGUCAAAAAUUGAAAGUCAGAAAAAAUCACUUUUUCUGACAUUUUAGAGUAAAGCAUGACUUUAGAUGGCCGUAGAAAAAAUUUAAUUUUUGGGUCACCGGUGACCCAAUCGUCCUUAAAGGGUUAAUCCUUCAAUUGAUUUUAUAAAACAAUUUUAAAUUAUAUUAAAUGCAAUUUUGAAUAUUUUAGAGGUAAUAUAAAAAUACUUUUAGCAAUGAAGUUCUUUUCAAAUUUAAUUCUUAUGUAGAAAACAAAAAUGCCUUACAUUUUUUUAAUAAUAUUUUUAAUAUUUCAUAAAAUGUGAAUGAAGAUUGAGAAAUUUCGAUCAUUCUCAUAAUGUGUUACAAAGCAUUAUUACAAAAGCUGAGGGUGUGUAUUAAAAUUUAUCAAACCUAAAUUAUCAAUUCCUGAUAAAAUUCUGAUGAGCCUAGUUUUUCGUAUAUCAGGCCUGAUUCUAUAAUUUGUAAAAGAAAAUAUUCCAGAAUUUAGGUUUUUAUUUCACCUAACCUAACCUGAAAGAAAGAGAUCAUUUCAUAACAGCAAAAUUCCAAGUUAAAUGUAAACAUUUAAUUUUUUAGUUUGGAUAUAGGGGAAGGUUUUGAAGGUUCGUAUUAACCCAUUCAGUCAAUGUACCAGAAAUACUUGAGAUAGAAUGUUCAUAUUUUGGGAUUAGUUUCCUACAGAUUAGUAGAUGAUUUUUUUAAAAAGAAAAAAAAAUUAUCUCAUAUGGGGGCGCGGGGAGCCUCUGUCAAACACACGUCUUAAUGGUCACUGAAUUUAAAUUUUGUGCAUUAAUUCAUUACAAACUCUAUUGCUUUAGAUAGAGUAACUAUCCAAGAACACCAAUUGGCAACUGGAAUUCAAAUCAGGAAAGAGAAAAGAGGCCAAGUUUAACAAAUUCGACGGGAUGUCGUAUUUUCCGUCCGCCAUUUUGACCAAAAAUUUUGCAUGACCUUCUGCGAAGCAAGAAAAUAAUAACAAAAUCUAUUUCCAUCUCUGUCGGACUGUUUUUCCCAAGUAACUGAAGAACUAAAGUUACUAAAAAUCUAUUCCCGACAGCAAUUCGGAUAAAAAUUGCCCAGAAAUAAAUCAUCAAAAAUCACUCAAUUUGCGUAUCAUGUAUAAUACCAUGGUAAGGAAUGGGUUAAAAAAGGAGUCCAAGAUUUAAGAUCUUUUACUGAAAGCCACACACACCGAAUCAAUUUUAUCACUAUAUCAAAAAAAAAUCUCUUACUUAUUGGGUUCUGCCUCACAAAAUUCGAAGUCCUUGGAUUUUCCUCUACAGGAAAAUGAAAAUGUAGCGGCAUUUUUUACGAAGGUGUCCUGGUUAACUCAGCUUCGUAUCACAUUUUCCAACCUCUGUAGGCCUCAUUUUCCCCAAAAACAUUACACCGAACACAAAAAUUUGGACAUCACUACUUAGAUCGAACUUUCAUCUACUUGUUUUCACUAUUUGUAGGAGUCACGCAUUAAAAAUCAUUUUUAAGCUAUUUUUCUAACACAUGUUUUCUUGACACUCGGAAAACCAUUUUUUCCCUGCAUUUUGACAGUCAGUUAAGAGCUUGGUAUGGUAUGAUUCUCUCAUAAUCACACCUAAUGUAAUCCUCAAAUUUUCUCUAACACCUCCAAUUGGUCUUACAGAACAUAUUUCGAACGUAACUGAUUUAAAAAAAAAUGACCAGUCACCAAUUUAAAGUGAAAUGUGGGAAGUUCCACCUUAAAAACAAGGAAAAUUGAAUGAGAAAUACUCAAAAUAGAUCGAAGUAUGGCAAUUAAAGAAUCACAUCUACCAUAAGCAGUCUAGUUUCAUCACUGCACAAAUCAGACAGUAGUAAUCACACCUAUUGUAAUCCUUGUUUUUUCUCUAACGCCUCGAAACUAUUUUACAGAACAUUUUUUGAACAUCAGUGAUUCUUAUAAUUACCAGUGAUUAAUUUAACCCUUUAAGGACGAUUGGACCACCGGUGUCCCAUAGAGAAAAUAAAUUUUCCUGACUAUCUAAAGUUAUUUUUUUCUAAUGUCUGUACAUAAUUGUAAAGUAGAAGGUUGAACGGAUACUAGAAUAUUUUUUUGCAAGUCUCCAGAUAUUUACUACGUAAUAAAUAUUUGAGCUCAAAAAUUGCGAAUUUUUAAAUUCUCAAAUUCAUAAUUGAUUUUAUUUAUUUUUUAUACUUUCAUUUUUUUUAAGAAAAACCCUUUUGGCAAUAAAAACUACAAUACUCAUACGUAAUAUUUUUCAUUAAAGCGAAAAAUAUUAUUCAUUGGUAUUGUCAGAAAAAUUACUUAAGUUUUUGGGCUAUUUUUGUUCCUAUCGCUCAUAGAUAUAAAAAAUACACCGAAUCAGACUCUGUUGGACUUUCUAAGGUUAGAUGUAAGACUUAUCAUUGAUUAUGUUUCUCAGUUUAAUUUUUAUUGUUGAUUUUCAGUCCGUAAAAAGUGUCUCGUCGUUAAAGGGUUAAAGUAAAAUGUGAAAAAUUCCGCUUGAAAACAAAGCGAAUUGGAUGAAAAGUUCUCAAAACGCACCGCAUGGGCAAUGAAAGAAUCACACCUGCCAUAAGCAGAUUCAGGCUUAAUGUUUAAUUUGACAGAAGUGAAAUAAAAACAUCUGAUGAAGUCUCAUUUUGAUGGGGAAGUGCGUGUUUUCCUUCGAGAUUUUAGUGUAAAUUUUUUAAUAUCCCAAAAUUUUCUUUUGAAUUUAUUCAGUGGAAUCUCUGAUGAGACAAAUACCCCGAGCGGCAUGCACAGUGUGACCCAAAAGAGUGAGGAAUUCUCAAAUUGGGUGGUCAGUAAUUUUGACAGAUGUUUUUACGAAGCUGCAAAAUUCAAUUUUCCUGAGCUGCAAGGGUGGUAAUUUUUAUGAAUUUUCCUUCACCCGCAAAAACGACACCCUUCAAGCAAAAGAUUUUCACGGUAAAUAUUAACCCUAAUAAACCUUCUAUUUCUUGGAAUAGUUUCCUUUUUCGAAAAGACACUUGAAGUGUGAAAAAAUGCAUAAAAUAUUACACAUCAAAAUUACAAUUUUAGGCCCAUUUUUUAUUUUUGCCUUUUGGACCCAGGAAAAAAAGCCUAGGCUUCCAAGUUUGUCAGGAAAUGUGAGAUGUAGGACUAGCUUUUAGAUUAUAUGUCCAUGGAUGAAAUUCAUUUAGUAACUUGGAAAAAAAUCAACUUUUACGAAGCUGCAACAUUACGAAGGUGCAAAACCUUCCACUACUAGCAAACGUACGACUUAUUUCGGGACAGAGGGAGUACUAUAAAAUAAAAAAAAAUGAUUUUUUUGAUCUGAGAGACCCAUGUAUAACCCAUUAAUUCUGUAAAAGAUCAUUAGUUGAAAUUUAUCGAAAAGAAUUUCGCAAUGAACUAUUAAUUUUCUCCAACAUUUUCCAAAACCCUGAGUUUUCUUCUAUCCCAAAAUUGAGUCGUAAAUCCCCACCGACAGUGAACCACAGAUAUAGUAAAUUAUACAAAGAUUGGAUUGAUGAAAAUGUCAAAGAUUUUAACACCAAAUUUUUAUGAAUUUUCAUAUGGUAUUCUUUUAUUUUGAUUUUCAGACAUACACUUGCAAAAAGAAAGUAAGAUGAUUAAUUGACCAGUAAAUUAGUGAAAUCAGAAAAACAAACAAAUCACAUUCCUUUUGAGCAUUUAAAUGUUUUAAGGGGACACAGAGAAAGAUUAAAAAAAAAAGUUCAAAGAUAUUUAAUGCUUUUGAAGAAAACAAAUCUUCGAAAAAUCUAAACUGACUCAUGAAGAAAAAAAAAACGACAAACACCGUCCACAGACACCCAAACAUAAUCACAGUAAAAAACAAUUUAAAGAACAAUUUUUAUCACAACGAACUUAUGUAACAUUAAAAUAUUUCCUUUUUAAAUUCAUUUUUUAUUGAAUUAUGUAAUUUCUGCUGUUUCUUUAUAAGAAUACAGAACAAAAAAUGUUCUUUUUGAAACAUUUUUGGAAAAGUCGAGAAAAAAGAACAGAAAUAAAAAGAAAGUGUCUGAGCUGAAUAAUGGUAAAAACAAAUUUUUAGCGUAACUAAGAAGUGUAAUUUUUAAUUAGAUGAAAGAAAAUUGAUAUUGAUGUGCUAAAAUAUUUUUUUCCUUUUUUUAGAAAGAUAAACAUUUUAGGUAGAAAUAAAUUUAUCAUGACAAAGAAUUUCUAUCGAAUGAAAUUUGUAUAAAGCUUAUAAAAGGAAACUUUAAAUUUUAUGAAAUAAUACGCUUUUAUUGUUUUUUAAUAAAUUGAUAGUAUAUAUGAAGAUUUUAGAAAGGUUACAAAUUGAAAAAAAACAAAGAAACAUUUUAAAAAUUAAUAACAAAGUGCUCAGCUCUUUGAAAUGAAUUUAAGAGGAAAACACGCUGAAAAAAUUGACAAAAAUUUAAAAUGGGAACCAAUGAAAAUUAUUUUUCUUAAUUUUUAAAAUAAAUAAUUAGACUACAGAGAAUUAUAAGUAAUUAUAUAUGGAAAAAAAACAUAGGGCAAUAGGGCUUUUUAUUCAAAGAAAACUAUUUUAAAAAAAUUAUUUUAUGCUAUUGAAUGUUAUCAUUGUUCAAUAUGAAAUUCUUGCCAAAAACAAAAAUCAUUCACCGAAAAAUUUGUAUUAUUUUUUUAUUGCAUUAUUAAUUAUCUUGUUCUUGGUAUUUAAAAAGAAAAUAAAAUAAAACAGUCUUACACAAAAAUAAAGAAACCUAGCGACGAAGAAUUACAAAAAGAAAACAUUUUACUAGAUUAAUUGAUGAUGAAGAAAAAUAAAACAAAUGAUAUAAGAGAAAAAAACUGAAACAGACUGAUUAAAGACUAUUUUUUUAAAAUAGUUGAGAAAAUGUUAUUAAUUAAAACACGAGAAAUAUUAAUAAUAAGGUGAAAGAAGUUUUAAUGCAGAAAAAAAACAAACACAUUACAAAAAAAAAACUGCUUUUUUAGUCAAAACAAAAUUAUUUCCAGUAUUAUUGAAUUAUUGAAAAAGAAAAAUUUAUAAAUUUUUGCACCCCACACUCCUACUCUAAAUAAUUAUUAAAUAUCUACACUAUCUCCACGCAGUUUCACAG